GUUAUCUUGUUUUCUAUUUGCUCUUAUUCUCUCUAUCGUUUGGUGCAACGGAGACUCGAGCGCUGAAGCUACAGUAUGUCCAGGCAUGAAGGGAGAACCGGGGGUUCCUGGCGUGCCGGGUCCACCGGGAAUUCGAGGUCAUGCCGGUUCUCAAGGUCCCCCAGGUGGAUUAGGUGGUACUGGAGCAAAGGGUGAGAAAGGAGACGAGGGUGCAGUUGGUUCCACAGGCAAACAAGGUCUUCCAGGCUUAACCGGUCCUCCAGGUCCACCGGGUCCACAAGGUCCUCCUGGAAAAACUGGAUCAACAGGAGCGGUGGGAGUAAUCGGUCCAGCAGGUCCACCUGGCCCACAAGGUUUACCUGGAAAGACUGGACAAGGUUCUUCUGGGCCUAGAGGUGCUAGAGGAGAAACUGGACUACCUGGUCAGAAAGGAGAUAGAGGUCCAACAGGUCCGAGGGGCAUAGAGGGACUGGAUGGCGUUCCAGGAUCUGCAGGUCCUGUUGGUACGCAAGGUCCACAUGGGCCGAAAGGAGUAAAAGGAGCCAUUGGAUUGCCCGGAGCUAAGGGAGAGGCGGGACCGCAGGGCAUCGCUGGACCAGAGAUGAGUGAAGAUGUCUUAAAUCGCUAUUUUAACCCGGUCAAGGGACUUUUACAAAGGGUACAAGGACUGGAACAGUGGAAACAACAGUGGGUGGAAAGCAAAAUGCCGGUUGCUGCUUAUAUUAGAGGAUCAUCAAGUGCAAGCCACACUAUUUCAGGUGUAAUAACGUACUGGUCGACGAGCAGUCCGUCCUUUUUGGUGGGCGGUAUCACUUACAGCAACGGAGCUCUUACAGUUCCAUCUGAUGGUCUUUACUAUAUUUACAUACAACUGUACGUCAACAAGUCCAGCGGUUAUGCGUAUCCAUCCUUGCGCGUAAAUGGUGGAAGAGUGAUGUACAUGUAUUACCAAAUGAACGGUGGAUUACGAACAAAAUACAGCGGUAUUAUUCGAAGGUUAAAGAAAGGAGAUAGCGUUGACGUAUAUGGAAAUGGAUAUACUUACUCCAUGUAUUGGCCAUACUCGUAUUUUGGUAUGUUUAAGUUGAAUUAA